UUUGCGCUGAAAAUUUAGCAUAGUAUGAAAAACAUACAAGUUGCUUUAAAAAGCGUUCAUUUGUAAAUGAUUUGCUUAAAUCGCAACUAUAGCCAAACCAGCCAAACAAAAAAGUAGAACUGAUUAUUGAUACGCGAGGACUUUUUGACGGCUAUUCGAUUUCAAUCAAAUUCCAGACAAGAGAACCAACAGAGCUGCUCCUUGGACAGCCAGGACACCACUGGAGAAGAGGGAAGUAGUAGCAGCCACAGCCGUAGCAGCCACAGCCGCAGCAGCUGAGGACUAUUGGCUGGAUGAGAUAAGUGCCUCUUCCAAUAUGUCCCUGCAGCAUCACCAGCAUCAAGACGAUGGUGGGAUUUCAUCUGAUCACGUGUUCCGCCGCAUAGAUGUGAACAAUAAAGGCUACAUCACCAGACCAGAGCUCACAGACUAUGUCAUGAAAUAUAAUUUGUCAGAAGCUGAUACACAGACUAUCGUAGACUCUCUCAUUCCUCUCAAUGCAACAUUUAUUUCGAAAAAUGAGUUCAUGGAAAAGUUUCACGAGACUGUUGGCGAAAGCGGGCCGUCGUUAUCAAGGCGAAGCUCAGUUGAGUGGCAGAACAGCUAUCAGAUUGCUCCUGCCUCCUUGAGCAACGUAACUAUCCGAAAUCAUUCGUUUGGCAUGAGCCUUGAUUCAAGCGGCGACCAUUUCAGCGGUCCAAAUAGAAGUCUUCAAGAGUACGAAGUUUACUCUAGCUCGGGCAACGAAGAGGCAAUGUCAUAUCAACAAACUAAUAUUGAGUUGGAUGAGUACAUGAAAGAACUAGGAAUGACAAAAGAUCUGACUCUAGAGCAAAACAGUCUGCUGCAGGUCUGGUCAGCUUUGCGUGCGCACGAAGACAACACGUUGGAAAUCAUGUUUAAAUCGUUUGUGGGGAAAAUAAUCCUGGAAAUGGACAAUCAGCAGAGCCUUAUUCAAGCACAAAGUCAACGAUUGAAGGAAUUCAACCUUUCAGAGGAAGACCGGCUUAUGGACUUACAGAAAUCAGCAGAGAGUGAUUUAAGUAAAGUCAUUGCGCAGUAUGAAAAACAAAUUCAGAAUAGUAUCAAAAGUUAUGAAGAGAAAAUUGAUAUUAUUUGUUCUGAAAGAGAACAACUGAUGGACGAGCUGCAGGCUAAAACAAGCGUUGAGUCCCGUAGAUCAAACGAGGUGAAGUUGCUGAAUUCGAAAGUAAGUGAAUACGAAAUGGAAGUGGAGCAGCUGAAAAAUGAACUGAAGCGAGUACGUAACGAGUGUAUCAGUGGCGGUAACGGGCCCGCUCGAGUGCAUGCCAUAGAUCAGUUCACAACACCACGCAGAACCCAGUCAUUCCGAUCGCCAGGCUCAGCACAUUUUUCGGAUGGUUCAUAUACGUUCAGCACCCCUAAGAUCAACAGAAGUCACUCGACAUUCGAUACGGCAGCUGACGACGAUUCACUCACCUUAACUAACAACGAGGAAACAUUCUACACUGCACAGCAGGGCUACAGUAGGGACACUAGUUUCAGCCAAUCAGCGCUGAGAACGGAAGAGCAGUUCAGUGAUUCGCUGCUGCAUACUCUGGAGGAGCCGAAGAUUCUGUCUGAUAGAGCGAAACCAUCUCGUGCCACUGGAAAUCAACAGGAGAGGCAGCUAUCAUCGAAAAGAGAAGAAUUAGGCUCAAAACGGGUUCUCAGAAAUGAGAACACAUCUGCAGAUUUGGACGAUCAGAUUUCAGUGACGUCAGAAGAUGAAGACACUGACGAAUCACGCGUGUCCACUCUGCAACCACACCCUCAAAGUACCAUGGAAGACGACGGAAGUGAGGCGGAGAGGGAGAAGGCAGACUAUGUGGAACUAGAUUGGCACCAGUUCCCCAACUUGGUGGAGUACACGUUCAAAGUGAUCUUAUGUGGGGAUCCGUCUGUGGGAAAGACAUCCUUCUUAAACCAGUUAUGUCUCAGAGAGUUCAGAGAGUCUACUAUUGCUACUAUCGGGAUGUCUUUCUUCCGCCACAAGUUUCGAGUUAGCAGACGGGGCAAGGCGGUGGGAGUGGAGUUGCAAUGUUGGGACACGGCUGGCCAGGAGAAGUUCCGAUCUCUGCCGCAGUCUUACUUCCGCAAUGCAGACGCCGCCAUUCUCAUGUUCGACGUCACUAAGAGAUCCACGUUCUCCAACCUGCACGAGUGGAUAGAUCGGAUAGAGGAUGUGGCCGACUUCCCCCGUCUGAUUAUCAUAGGGAACAAGACGGAUGCCGGUAGGGAGAGGAGAGAGAUAGAGAGACACGAGGCAGUGGCCAUUUCAAAGUCCAUCGACGCACACUACUUCGAAGGCAGUGCGAAAACUGGAGAUGGAGUGUGGCGAUCGUUCCAGCAAAUAGCGGAGAUCCUGGUGACAGACUUCAUCUACAAGAACCAGGGAGAGGUGCUCUCUGUCACCACAGACACUGAAGGCCGCCUCAUGUCCAGUCGCUCUCUGGUCCAACUGGACUCCAAUGGCCAGAGACUCAACAGCUCAACCAGUAAAUUCCCAAUUAACCGAAAGUGUUUCUCAUGUAAUUGAAAUAUGAAUAGUCUAAUAGGUGCUCAUUGAGACACGUUCCAUAAUAAGCACUUUUGACUUGAAAGUUCUACGAAGAUGCUUAGAUGCUUUAAAGAUUUAUAUAAUAUAGCUUUGUUGUUGCACGCAGCUAAAGGUUU